GCGAUACCGGCUCGUCCAGACGCUCCUGGACCAGCUGGACGACCAGUUCUGGAAGCGACGCUCGGCCAAGGCGAACCAGUUCAUCCUGUCCAGCAUGGCAGCCCUGCUGUCCGAAAUGAUCGUCGGAGACACGCUGGGCAAGGUGCUCACGCCGGUCGUCGUGCGCGUGGCUUUGGUGACUAAUGCUCCCGCGGCGUUCUACGUGGUUCCGGUCAACUUGGCCGCCUCCAUCAACGUGAUGUUGCCCGUCUCGCUACCGCUGCUCAUCAUGCGCGAAUACCUCAACAUCGAGUGCGUCAAGAUGGUUGCCUAUGGCGUCUUCCUCAAGUGCACUGCCGUGAUCGUCAUAGUCGCUUCCAUGAACACCCUGGGCACGAUCUUAUUCAGCAGCGAGACGCUAGCCAAUAACCAGGGCGAAGCAUUCGGCAUAGUCAACGCCACGCACGUUGGAGCGGGCUCCCUGCAGUGAUUUUUAUUUUACAGCGGCAUCCUCAAAUCCUCACCAAAAUCAGUGACACGUACUUCGUGUUUCACACUGGGUGGGGUAGGGUGCUGCUGAUUGCGGACGCUAUGUCGGGCGGCGCGUGUUUUGUGUUUUUCAUUGUGUAUUUUCGUAUCGUGUGCCAAGGCGAAUGCCACCUGGACAGUCAGUUGGUACCGGUGGUUAGGGAAGUGGCUGGUGGAUACCUUGAACUUAAUCGUGUGUGUUCGAACAAUUAUUGCCCACUUGCAUAUUUUCUGCCGUACCUAAGCUGUUUGUAAUGAAACGUGAUAACGUUGAACUGAGCAUUCUGACGACAUUGUGUCAGUAGUCAAAGCCGAUUCGUGUUUCUAUUGCUUUCUGUUUCAUUUUUAUCACGCUGACUUGUACGAUCUCUGCACAUCGCUCUUGCUCCGUAACGUAAGUGAAGAAGUUCGCGCUCGUCAAAUUUGAAUCCAUCGUGCACUAUGUACAAAGCCUUUCGCAGAACGAACCAUCGUAUGUUUUGAAG